AUGAUUUCUUGGAAGACGGUAGUCGUUGGCUACCUUGCUGCUGCUUGUCUCUACACUGUAGUCGCCUUGGAAAGGCACGCGCUUAGAGGAGAACCGCCCAUAGAGCGCGCUCUUCCACCCAGUGUGUCACUCCCAGUCCCAGGGCCCAACUACUACUUGUGGGCUGACAACUCGGCUGGUGUAACGUUCUAUAAUCUGGCUGGCGGUGCCUACAGGAUCAUAGCGUCUUCGUCUGCGGGCCACUGGAUUGGUGGGAAGGGGUGGAAUCCUGGAUCUCCUCGCUCAAUUGUAUUCACGUCAAACCUCGGUACCAACGACGGCGCCAACCUCGGCGUCUAUGGAUGGACCACAAACCCACUUGUCGAAUAUUAUGUCGUCGAAAGAUACUGGAUGUACAACCCAUCCACCGGCGGUAGACUUCUUGGCACGUUUACCUCGGACGGGUCAACUUACACCGUGCUCACAUCCACUCGUGUGAAUCAGCCCUCUAUUCAAGGUACCACCUCCUACACGACGGUCUGGUCUAUCCGUUCCUCACGCCGUACAAGUGGCACCGUGACGUUAGCCAACCACUUCAAUGCCUGGAGGUCAUUUGGAGUUCAACUCGGAUCGCAUAACUUGCAGAUUGUCGCUACUGAGGGUAACUUCAUCGCUCUUAAUGUGACUGUCACAGUUGCAGAAGGCCCGGCCGUGUCGAGCACACGCAGUACAAGCCUUAGCACAAGUGUGUCGUCGACUGCAAGCGCCAGUUCGAUCUCAUCAGACCCAAACGUGAGUACAACUGCAGCAGGCGUUAAGAUUUACACGCUCAAUUCUGGAAUAGUGCGCGAAACUAUGGGAAAUGUGCGGCGGGGAGGGAUGGAAUGGUCCCUUUUGCUGCCAAAACAGCCGAUGCGUAGUGGUGACAAAGUGGUACUCGCAAUGUUUAGCAUAGCUCUUGUCGUAAGGGGUAUCCAGCCUUACAGUAUACUACUGGCGAAGAAAGGAUCUAUUCUGAAGACAUAA